GGUAAGUUUGACAGACUUCUUAAAUUGCUCUUUGCAUAUUGAUAUCAUAUUCUUUUUACAGAACCAUGGAGGGACACUCCCUGGGGAGAGAAAGAUCAUUUGGAGAAAACACUGAAAGACUUUGGGCUGUGCGAUCCAAAUAUUAAGUAUGCAAGGAUCCUAGUAGUUGGAGAAAUUGGAGCAGGAAAGUCCAGCUUCAUCAACUCAGUCAAUAGUGUUUUCCAAAGAAGAAUCACAAAUGAAGCCCUUGUUAACAAAACAACUGACACAAGCAAAACCUUCACAAAAUUAUACAAAACCUAUUACAUAAGAAAUGGACAAUCUCCUAUGCCUUUUGUCUUAACUGACACCAUGGGCUUAGAGUCUGACAAUUUACAUGGCAUACAUCCAGAGGAUAUUGAGAAAGCCAUGGAGGGCUACAUAAAGGAAAGAUACAAAUUCAAUCCAGAAUCUCCCAUUACUUCUCAAAAUAACAGCUACAGAAGUAAUUCAAGCCUUCAGGAUCAGGCAUACUGCCUAGUCUUUGUCAUUGCAGCUGACAAAAUCUCAGUGGCAGCUGAUGAUAAUAUCUAUAAGAAAGUGAAAAAUAUUAAGAGUAAGGCAGAUGAACUAGAAAUUCCUCAGGUAGUGAUCCUGACCAGGCCGGAUGAAGCAUGUCCACUGGUAAAAAAAAACAUUAGGAACGUCUACACUAGCAAGAAGAUAAAAGAGAAGUUGGAAGAGUGCUCUGCAAAUACAGGUAUCUCGGUGAGUCACGUCUUCCCUGUGAAGUGCUACCAUGAGGAAAUUGAUACACAAGAUGACAUGGAUGUACUGAUUCUGAGGGCAUUUAAACAUAUUGUGCAAAUGGCAAAUGAUGCAUUGAGAUUGAAGUGCAAUGAAAAGGAAAAUUCUGAAUGAAGUCUAUCAGAGAUUUUUAGGGUGGCUGCACCUCAUUCCUGCACAUUCUGUUAAAUCAGGACACAUUAAUUGACACAUUAAUUAAAGUCACAAAGAAACGGAUAUAGUGGCAGAUCUUUUCUUAUGUAUUGUAGUUGUAAAGCAUUACAAUGGGUUAUUGAAAAAGGGGACUUGGUUUUAUCAGUUGAUGAUUGGAUGUUGAGAUGUGGGUGUUGCACUCGGAAGUGGAGCUAGAUGAGCAUGAGUUUGCAGGAGAGGGGUUUAAGUGGAUUAAAUGAUUGGAGAAGUCCGGCAUAUAUCAAUACAUCAAAAAAGAAGGUCAUUUUCCCCUAAAGAUUCAGGUAUGACAUUCUGAUUAAACAUUACAAGGUCAAA